UUACGAAUUCAUAGAAUACUGUAACCUAACGUAAUUAUAUUAGAUUAAAUUUAUAUUUCUAUCCGUCGUUAGUGUAGAAUUAGCGAUUUUUAUCAUUUUCUAAUUUAUUUUACGGAUUUAUUUAACUAUAAUGCGACAUAGUGUAUGUUUCUAUCGUGGGUGUUAUAAUUCGAAAAAAUCGCGACCUGAUUUGACAUUUCACCGAUUUCCACCGGACAAAGAAAGGUACCUACUAAAUUAUUUACAUAGAUUGAUCGUAUGGGUAAAGAGAUCCGGAAACGGUGCUAUUUCAAAAGAAGACUGCAAAGCAUGGAAGCAUCGGACGAUGUGUUCUAUUCAUUUUAACGUAGAAGAUUAUAAGAUAGAUUGUCGCAAACCAAUAUUGCAUUCAACAGCUAUACCCAAGGAAUUUCAUCCCUCAGCGGAUCAUGGAAGUGUCCAAAAUGAAAUAUCCAUCAAAGGAGAAAUUGAAUGUCUAUCUAACGAUUCUAAACCUAAGGAAUCUGAAUGUACAACUGUUGAGAAAUGGAACAAUAAAUGUAUUACAUGUUUAAAAGAUGAUGUACAAAUGGAAACUCUCAGUUCACUUAGUCUUUUACCAGAAUUUAAAGAACUCUUUAAGUAUUUAAGAAUUGAAGACUUUCUCAAUGAAACUACCUUAAAUUCGGUGUGCUCCAAUUGUGUAUUACAAAUGCAUAACAUGUUAAGUUUUAAAAGACAAUGUGAAGAAUCGGUAGAAAAAUUAGGAUUAUUUACAACAGCUCUAAUAUCUGAAACAGUAAAAUCAUCAAUCGUUCAUAAAGCAACAAAAACCGAAAGUGAAGAAGAAAUAAGUUCAAACUUUUUAGUACAAAUAUCCCCAGAUGUUGAGGAAGAACCUGACAAAAUAGAACAUACUGAAAUUGAACAGGAAUUCGAUUCGUUUUCGUUCGAUGAAGAAUGUGUAUCUUGCGUAAAUUGUAAUGAAAAAUUUAACAACGAACGUUGGCUAAGAAGACAUCAAAUUCUUAUCCAUGGAUUAAAAAACUGUAUACAGGAAUGUUAUGAUUGUCUCCAACUACAUUUUAUAAAUUAUGAGAAUCGAUUAAAGAUUCAUAAUGAGUGUUAUCAUGAAAAUAUAUGCAGUGUCUGUGAUUUGAAAUUUCAAACAAUAAUUCAUUUAGCUAAACAUAGAUUGUUACAUACAUUGAGUGAUCCUAAAAAACACCUACCACUUUCUGGCUUUGACGGUUUUAAAUCACGAAGACCGCGCGGAAAGGUUGCCUGUGCUCAAUGUGGAAAAUUUUAUAAUACAGCCAAAUUAUUACGUAGACAUAUCCGAAGUGUACACAAUCCAAAUAGAGUUAAAAUGGCUUGUACAAUUUGCAGACGAUCUGUUUACAACUUGAAUGAACAUUUAAAAUGGCAUCAGACACAUAAAUUUCAACAUAAAAUUGCAGUUCGACGAAAGUCAGUUCCAAGAAAGAAAAAAUAUGACUUCAUUGAACCAAGGGGACUUUGUACAUAUUGUGGAAAAUUAUAUGUCCGAACCUCUUUAAAAAAACAUAUUCUGGCGGUACAUUUGAAAAAAAAAAAUUAUGAAUGCAUGUACUGUCAUAAAAUGUUUGUUUCAACUAAUGUAAGAAACAGACAUAUUAAAGUAGCUCAUUUAAAACUAAAACGUUUUUCCUGUGGUUAUUGCGACAAAAAAUUUUCGACGAAAUUUAACGCACAAAAGCACAGAUUAAUACAUACUAAAGAAAAACCUUUUAAAUGCCAAUAUUGUGAUGAACUUUUCCGUUACCCUGAGAGUAUUAAACACCAUAUAAUACGAAAACAUGGAGUGAAUUCCAGCAGUUUCAGAAUAAAUAUUUGUACAAUUUUAAACUCACUUGAAAGUGGAGGUAAAAUAAUUUCUGUAACUUGAAAAAAUUUCGGAUGGCCGAUAAUUGGAAAAAAAUGGCAAAUCGGGAAUUAUCAGAGAAUAUUGCUAAACCUUUCAUUAUCAUGGAAAUUAACAAAAAUAUUACAUGUUUCAUUAUAAAAGAAGUAAUGUCGACAAAAAUUUAAAUGUUUUGAUGCUGUAGCUAAGUAGAAAUACUGGAAUUAGAAACUAAUCACAAGAUGCCAAACCUGAGUUCGUUUUUAAUCUAAAUACAUUUCAUUAAAUAAAAUUGUUUUACUAAUAUCCUUUGAGUAUUCUUCAAAGAGUAUGUUUUUGAAACUAUAAUUUUCUAUGGAAUUAACUAUAGAUGUGCUUCUUAAACACAAAUUAAAGCGGGAAGGUUUUUUCUCUGGUAAAUUGUAGGUGAUGAAAUUUUUUUCUGGCAUUUAAUAUUAUGUAUUCUAUAUACAGUGUGUCCCCGGAUAGAGAUCCUUAAUCGAAUCACACUUUGAGUGAUACUUGGAAGGCAAUUGAUCUUUUAGUAUUAGAUGCCGGCUAUCCUACCUAUGGUUUUCCAUUAGGUUUGCACAAGGUUAAUGCCGGGAUAGUUCCUAACAAAGUCAGCCAUAGCUGCAUACCUUCCCUUUCCUUUCUUUUUCCCCAUCCCUUUUUAAUGACAUGUU